UGGAUGGGGGGGGCGGUGGGUGAUGGUCACCCAGAUUACGCCUCAUCAUACGGCCUAUUUACACGUGACACCAAACAGUAUGACAAACAGACUAUCGCACCGCAGCAACUAAAACUGUGCUCAUUGAGGAUGCCAGUCAGUUUGGUUUCAUCACAUAAUUUUGAGAACUGUCACGUGUUUCUGGUUGCUCAUGUGACCCUGCGGUACGGACCAAUAGGGUGGCAGAGUUUGUCCUGGGCAGAGCGAAAGAAAGAGGGGAAAAAAAAAAUCAUUUUCCCUUUGCGAUUUUUAAUCUUGCAACGCCCAAAGUGAUAGUCAUCUACUGUAUCCUGCGCUACAUAAAGGUGACCGGUUGGCUGACUCCACCAUCACACUCGCGUUGGCCCUUGAACUCCUCUCUCACGUGACCACGCCCCUUCCUUCACAUCCAAUCCCGACAUGGAGCCCAUCAAGGUCCAAUCAGAAGGUGGACUGAAUGUGACCCUCACCAUCAGGCUGCUGAUGCACGGCAAGGAGGUUGGGAGCAUCAUAGGAAAGAAAGGAGAAACAGUGAAGAAAAUGCGUGAAGAUAGUGGUGCCCGCAUCAACAUCUCAGAGGGGAACUGCCCUGAACGGAUAGUCACCAUCACCGGGCCAACAGAUGCUAUUUUCAAGGCCUUUGCCAUGAUAGCCUACAAGUUCGAGGAGGAUAUCAUCAACUCUAUGAGCAACAGUCCAGCCACCAGUAAACCACCUGUAACCCUGAGGCUCGUUGUCCCGGCCAGCCAGUGUGGCUCUCUUAUUGGCAAGGGAGGCUCCAAAAUCAAAGAAAUGAGAGAGUCCACAGGAGCUCAGGUCCAGGUUGCAGGUGACAUGCUCCCCAACUCCACCGAGAGAGCAGUGACCAUUUCAGGGGCCCCAGAAGCCAUCAUCCAGUGUGUCAAACAGAUAUGUGUGGUGAUGCUUGAGUCCCCACCGAAAGGUGCCACCAUCCCCUACCGCCCCAAGCCUGCCUCCACCCCUGUCAUUUUUUCAGGUGGCCAGGUAAGAGCAGACCCACUGGGGGCGUCCACAGCCAACCUCAGCCUCUUACUGCAGCACCAGCCACUGCCUGCUUAUACCAUUCAAGGACAGUACGCCAUCCCACAUCCAGAUCAGUUGAGCAAGCUCCACCAGUUGGCUAUGCAGCAAACCCCCUUUACCCCCCUCGGACAGACCACCCCUGCCUUCCCCGCAGCAGGUCUGGAUGCCAGUAACCAGGCCAGUACUCAUGAACUCACCAUUCCCAAUGAUCUAAUAGGCUGCAUAAUCGGACGCCAGGGAACCAAAAUCAACGAGAUCCGUCAGAUGUCUGGGGCACAGAUCAAAAUUGCUAAUGCCAUGGAAGGGUCAUCGGAGCGCCAGAUCACCAUCACAGGGACCCCCGCCAACAUCAGCCUGGCCCAGUACCUCAUCAAUGCAAGGUUUAGAGACGUGGCGGCCAUGUGGAAUGACCCAUCUUCCAUGACCACAUCCUGAGAUCCCUGACUGACUCCUCCGUUUGGCCCUUUCCAAUGACUGACUACCGCAGACAAUCCUGAUGAAGCCCUUCGGACUCUGGCUCUGGCUCUCCGAAAACCCUGACCGCCUUCCCGCUCUGAUUCAAAGUUGUUUAUACAUCAGGGAGGGUUGGGCGCUCAUUUUGAUUUCAGAGAGCCAAAUUAAAUUAACAAAAAAGAAAAAAAAAAGAAAUACAAAAAAUAAAUUCUCUGUUGAUUAGUUUUUUUAGAGAACUGUUGAAGCAUGUUGAAUGUUUACUAGGAACAACUUGUGUUAAUCUUUCUCUUCUUUUUCUCUCUAUCUAUUGCUUUCUCUUUCUCUCUGUCAGUGCUGCGUCAUAGAACAUCGUUUAAAAGUAUACACUUGUAAAAGAUUGAGAAUUUUUGUAGAACAUAGUUAUCUGCAUAUUACAGCUGCGCAGUGAUGCUAUCGGCAGAGUGUGUGGUGGGAUGUAGCCAAAUUAUCAAAUUUUGAUAAUAUAUUUCAAAAACAAAAAAAAAUUGGACUGUUCUGCUUUUGUCCUAAUUUGCAUCUUUGUCUACUUACAAAUCCAAUCUCUACCCAUGACUCUUUGCUGCAUCACAUGACCCUUUUAAGCCAAUGGUAUCACUCCUAGAGCCUCCCUUCUCAUGUUAAUUUCCUGUAUUUACAUUAUUGCUUAUAUUGCAUGUGUUCAGUGUCGUAUCGUUGUGUAUUUGAGUAAACCUGUUCAGUGUAGGUGCUCCUUUAAAUGUUAUAAUUAUAUCUUUGUGCUUCCUUUCUUUUCCGCAAACUUUUUCAGCAUUUUUGGCCAUUCACGUCUAGUCCUACUCCCUGCCCAAAUGAAAAACUUUCCAACAUAGCCUCCUUCUAUCAACACCAAUUAUUAGUAUAUAGAUGCAUGAAUGGGAAUUAGUGAAAAAUCAGUGGCUAAAACACUAACUGAAAAUUUAAAUGAUUGUUUACUUAUUAUUAUACUGUAUUUGUUUUGUACAAGGACUAUUGUGAUUUAGCACAUUAGUCGACUACGCGGCGCUCAUGCAAUAGACUAUUCAACACUUUACUCUGGACUGCCUCUGAUGUGGGAGGAAUUAGUUGGACUUAAAAGCCAAGUGUUGCGUCCAAACCUUUCGGCUUCCUUCCCUUGUCUCAGAUAAAUUACGGGUCCCUGUGAAAGCUUUAAAAGAGAGCAAAAAACAAGGGAAAGAAGCCGACUCUUCGUGGCAAAGAGGCCUAAACGUUUGGACGAAGCCGAAUGGUAUUUUUUGGGCCAAGGAAUGUUCAGGGGUUCAUUGGGGGGAACCCACGGGGCCUGGGCGGACGUGACCACUCAGUCUCUUUUUCAAGAUUGUUCAUCUUGUCUUUUUGUUGUCAUACGGUUGAUUUGACGCUUUAGGUUUGAAUGUCUUUUUAUUGUCAGCAACUUAAUUGUUUUUAUUUGAAAAAGGACAGGUUGGAUGACAAUUAGUACUGCUUCACUGGUUUUCAGUAAAACCAGCAUGUAUUUAUUUAUGGUGUGGUGAUGCACAUAUGACUUUUUGUUUGUCGAUCAUGAAACUUAAGCUAAGUUAGUUUUGUUGUAUUGUAUUUAAUUUGAGAGGGAGGUGUGGAUGAUAUUUGGUAUGGUUCAGUAUUUCAACCAUCCCUCGCGUGUUCGACUCAUGAAGAUGCUCUAAAUACUAUUGGGACAGCUUGAGUCAUCUCAUUUCCGAACAGCUGAGCUCAAUUCAGUUUUGACAUAAGACAAACAGCUGUUGAAUGUUAUUGUCGAAUCACAUGAUCUACUGUCCAACACAGUAGCAUUCUGCAUUUUCAGUGUCUCAAUUUCUUCAUACAUACCACUACUCUUGUUUUAUUUUACAAUAGCUUAUGCUGAGCUUUAAGGAAAAGUUUGACAUUUUGUGAAAUAUGCUUGUUCGCUUUCUCAUCAAGAGUUAGAUGAGAAGAUUGAUAUCCCUCUGUCUGUAUGCUAAAUAUGAUCUGCUUAGCUUAGCUUAGCUUAGUUUAGCUUCGCUUAGCUUAGCUUAGCAUAAAGGCUGGAAACAGAAGGGAGCAUCUACCUGGCUCUGCAAAGCUAAAUAAAUGACUUUACCAGCUGCUAAAGCUUACUAAGUAGCAUGUUAAAUCUAGUGUGUUUAAUCACAAGAGUCAGAGUAACAGUUUCCCCUUGUUGCAGGCUUCGUGCCAAGCUAAGUUACGCUAAAUGUUCCCUGGAUGUAGCUUCAUAUUUAGCAGGGAGCUAACUCUCUGCAAGAAAGCAAAUUCAACUCUCAGAGUGCUUGAAAUAUUAUGAAAUAAAUUAAAUUCAUGAUGUCAAAGACCUAUUAACCUCACAACCUAAGACCAGGCAGGCCCCAGGGGAGCACGUCAGGCUUUAAAGCCAAUUUUUGUGGUGGCAAAAUAGUGUAAUAACAACUGCCGGGUCUGUCAUAUGAUGCUCUGCAGUCAAAAAAGACUGUUUUCCAUUGACUUUCAUGGCAAAAGACACAUUUGUAAAUUAGUGGAUGCAUUUUUUGACCGUCACAACCCCCACAAAGUGUCCCGGAUCAGCCAUUUGGUCCAUUAAUAUUGCAAAAUCUAAAAGGGCCGCAAGAUUAAAUAAUUUUAUCCCCAUUCAAGGUACCAGCAACCAUCAGAGACUCCAGUAAGAUAAUAGUCCUGACCAUGAAACAGCCUGGCACAUAACUGCCCAUAAACAACACGAUUGUUAAUAACUGAGUUUUAGAAGAUCUGAUAGGUGUAUUUUGUUACCUUUCGAUAGAGCCUGGCCAGCUGUUUACCUCUGUUUCCAGUCUUAAUGCUAAGCUAAGCUAACCAGCUGCUAGCAGUAAUUUCAUAUUAGGCAUACAGACAAGACAGUGGUAUUGUAUUUAUCUAACUCUUGGCAGGAAAGUAAAUGAGCAUAUUUGCUUAAGUGUUGAACUUUUUCUGUAACUUUGGGUCUUAAGCGCUUUGAUGACAUAAAUGUGAUUAUGUAAAUGGACAAAUGCUGUAUCACUAUACUGAACCAUGCAUAGUCAAUGAUUAUUCUGCAAUAAUUCUUACAUUUUGAUGUGAACUCAAGUAGUAGUGCUAGCAUUGAAAUUAUGAAUUUGUGUUUCUUUUUAUUUUGAGUUGUCAUAGCUUGUACUUUAAUGGGAAUGUUUGUCAAAUGAACUAAAUGAAAUUAUGUUUCUGGGGGGCAAACGCUUUUUAGAACAGUUGGCUAAUACCUAAGAGGGCAUUCUUUCCCAAGAGUAUUGUACGAGUAAAGAACAUCUUCAAGGGUAUUAUGGCUUUUAUACAACUGUUAUCAAUGCAUGUGUACCAUUGAAAUGUUUGCUUCAAAUUAGUACACAUAUGAAAGAAAUAAAAACAGAAAAGCAAGGAUUGCUAAUGCUUAUUAGCACGGUUGACACGUGCAUUUGACAAAGAUCUUGUUGUGUUAUUUGAAUUUGAUCGCUAUGGCAGUGUGAUUUCAAUAACAUCAAUAUUCAUGUGUUACUCAGUGUUUGGAAACUGUAUUUACGUUUGUGUAUAUGCCUGAGUAUACUACAACUUUGAAACAAACUGCAACUAAUGCAAUAAUAGGGUGCAAUGUGCAAUUAUUUAUUCAGUUAUUAUUAGCUUAGAUACAGGAGAGCUGUGUAGCUUGUUUAAAAAUGUUUUUUUUAUUUUAACCACAUUUCAUGUGGCAGCAACAACAGGAAAAGAAGAAUGACUAGACAUGUUUUUUCAGCUUUUGUUUUGUGUAUUGCAGUUGGAGGAAAAAAAAGUGAUAGAACUUUGUAACUAUUUUUGAUUGAUUUAUUUGCUAUGUGCAGAUCUAUAUUAGUUGUGGGUAAUUACAUAGGUUUUAAUUUCAAAGUGUUGGUAAGUAUAAAAACAAAUAAAGUUUCAUUUUUUCUUUCUGUGA